AGAGCCGAAGUGUUACUGAAUGUCGCCCCCCGUUUUCAACAUGGCUGUUGUAGUAUGUGCUCUCUUCGACUCGCCUCUCCAACAGCUCAGUGCCUCAGUAUACAGAGUCUGACAUCGAUCCUGCGGGAAGUACAGUGCGAUUAGCGUGUUUAUCAGACACAUCCCCCCGCUGUGCUGCGAAAUACACCCUUAAAGCGGGCAGUUUGGCGGCGGGGCCUUUUCCUUUUACCCCCUCCUUUCCUCCAGAAAACAGCCAGCUGCCAACAUUCACCAUCCACCAACCAUCUCCAAUGGUCUGAGCACACUUCCAGCUCCUCUCCUAUUCUUCAUGAACGAUGUGCGAAAACUGCGCCGAGCUGGUGGAGGUGCUGAACGAGAUCUCGGAUGCAGACAGUUCAGACGGGCUGCAGUUGAAGAAGGAGCAUGCCUUAAGAGUUUUCAGCUACAUCGGCACAUGGACACAGAGGCAGUGUCUGUGCUGCUUCAAAGAAUAUAAGCACCUUGAAGUCUUCAACCAGCUGGUUUAUGGCCUCAUUAACCUGGUCAUCGCCCAGGUAACCAGCCUGAGGGACCGCCUCUGCAGUUCCCGCGGCAAACCCGGAGCCGAGGGGUCGGAGUGGGGCUCGCCCCGCGCGCAGCCUUCACCCAACGAGGAGGAGCCUCUGAACGUGGAGAGAGACUCGGCGGAGGAGGAUGGAGGAGGGGAGGGGGGUCCGACAGAACCACAGAAGAGCCAGAACCUGGUUCAGGUCCAGGGAGGCUCGCAGGACCCGACUAGGACGGGCGAGGGUCCGGGAGACGAGAGCUCUGCCGAGGGCAGUCUGGACCCCUUUAGCUCCUGGAGCACGGAGGACCGCGAGAAACUACUGCUGUGUGCUGCCAAAAUCUUCCAGAUCCAAUUUCCCCUCUACACCGCCUACAAACACAACACACACCCCACUAUAGAGGACAUCUCCGCUCAGGAGAGCAGCAUCCUCGGCUCUUUCUGCGACAUGAAUGACGUGGAGGUUCCUCUGCACCUGCUGCGGUACGUGUGUCUGUUCUGUGGGAAGCACGGUCUGUCUCUGAUGAAGGACUGCUUUGAGACGGGAACGCCUGAAACCCUGCCCUUCCCCAUCGCACACGCCUUCAUCACCAUCGUAUCUAACAUAAGAAUAUGGUUGCACAUUCCGGCUGUGAUGCAGCACAUCAUCCCGUUCCGCACUCACGUCAUCAGGUAUCUGUGUAAGCUGUCUGAUCAGGAGCUGCGUCAGAGUGCAGCUCGGAACAUGGCUGAUCUGAUGUGGAGCACAGUGAAGGAGCCGCUGGACAGCGCACUGUGCUUCGAUAAGGAGAGCCUGGACCUCGCCUUCAAGUACUUCAUGUCCCCCACGCUCACCAUGAGACUGGCUGGACUCAGUCAGAUCACGAAUCAACUACACACCUUUAACGAUGUCUGCAAUAACGAGUCUCUGGUGUCCGAUACAGAGACGUCAAUAGCGAAGGAACUUGCUGAUUGGCUCAUCAACAACAACGUUGUGGAGCACAUUUUUGGACCAAAUUUGCACAUUGAGAUCAUUAAGCAGUGCCAAGUGAUCCUGAACUUCCUGGCUGCAGAAGGACGACUGAGCACACAGCAUGUAGACUGUAUAUGGGCAGCUGCUCAGCUGAAGCACUGUAGUCGGUACAUCCACGACCUGUUCCCUUCCCUAAUUAAGAACCUGGAUCCAGUGCCUCUCAGACACGUCCUUAACCUGGUGUCUGGACUACACCCCAGUGCUCACACUGAACAGACUCUGUAUCUGGCGUCCAUGUUGAUAAAGGCGUUGUGGAAUAACGCUCUGGCUGCCAAAGCUCAGCUCUCCAAACAGAGCUCCUUCGCUUCUCUGCUCAACACCAACCUGCCCAUGGGCAACAAGAAAGGUUCCCCGGCGGCGAGUCCGGAGAGCAGUGAUAACAGCGACACGCAUCACAGCGGAGGGAGUGACAUGGAGAUGGAUGAGCCAAUCAUGAGCAGCGGAAAACGAGGCCAGCAGAGGCUCUCUGACACCGAGGAGUCGAUGCAGGGCAGCUCGGACGAGACGGCGAACAGCGGGGAGGAGGGCAGCAGCGGCCCGGGCAGCAGCAGCGGGCGCAGCGAGGCCUCCAGCAACGAGGCCGAGUCCAGCCGGGCCAGCCAGUCGGCCGGCAGCCCCGGCAGCGAGCUCCACUCGGACGACAUGGCCGACAGCGAAGCCUUAAAGGAGGAGGAGGAGGAAGACGAGGACGAAGACGACGAGGAUGAAGACGAGGACGAGGAGGAGGAGCGGAUCACUGCAGCGUCGAAAAGCAGCCCGCGCAAAGAGACCAGGGACUCCAGAGACGCUUUAUCCUCAGAACUCCGCAAGCGGAAAGCCGGAGAGCCUCUGGGAGAAGUCCAGGGUCCUCCGGAACGACCCGGAAUGUCUGGACCGGGCGUAUCCGGUUCUAUCGGUACUGGACCGAGUUCUGGACCCGGUCCCAGUCUGUCCAAACCCAAAACCAUACCCUUUUCCCCUGAAGUGGCCGCCGCCAUGGUAACCUCAUCUUCAUCCUCUCUGAGGAUUCUGGACGCUUGCUCUUCUUCCUCUGCGUGUUUAGAAGGACCUUCAGGAGAACGGAUAGACCCCUCUGCCAUCCCCCCUCAAGCCCAGGAGCAGCAGCAGCAAGGGAUCGGACCUGAGAGGGGUCCAGAGAUGGGCCCCUCACACGGGGCAGCGGGUUCCCAGGAGCCUCCCUGCCUGCCCAGGCCAUCCGACUUCCUGUCUGAAGCCAUGGGCAACGAGCUGUUCAACUGCAGACGCUUCAUCAACCCCCAGCACCAUCACCACCAUCACCACCAUGAAGGUCACAUGGUGGAGGACAUGCUGAGUGCGGAUGACGUGAGCUGCAGCAGUUCUCAGGUCAGCGCUAAGUCUGAGAAGAACAUGGCGGAUUUUGAUGGGGAGGAGUCGGGCUGUGAGGAGGAGUUAGUCCAGAUUAACUCCCACGCUGAGCUCAGCUCCCACCUGCAGCAGCACCUGCCCAACCUCGCCUCCAUCUACCACGAACACCUGGUUCAAGGUCCUACAGUUCAUAAACACCAGUACUCGGGCCACGCGGUGACGGACAUUAACCUGGACAACGUGUGUAAGAAAGGAAACACACUCCUGUGGGACCUGGUGCAGGACGAGGAUGCGAUCCACCUGUCGGAGGGUUUGAUAAACGAGGCGGAGAAGCUGCUGUGUUCGCUGGUGUGCUGGUUCACUGACCGGCAGAUCCGCAUGCGCUUCAUUGAGGGCUGCCUGGAAAACCUGGCACAUCACAGGUCGGUGGUGGUGUCUCUGCGUUUGCUGCCGAAGCUCUUCGGAACCUUCCAGCAGUUCGGCUCCAGUUACGACACACACUGGAUCACCAUGUGGGCUGAAAAAGAGCUGCACAUGAUGAAGCUUUUCUUUGAGGAUCUUCUGCACUAUAUUCAGGAAGUGAGGGAGCAGAGGCACAAGUUCGCUCUGUACAGUCACAGUGCGGAGGUUCAGGUGCGACUGCAGUUCCUCACCUGUGUGUUCUCCACGCUGGGCUCACCAGAUCACUUCAGGCUGAGUCUGGAGCAGGUAGAUAUCCUGUGGCACUGUCUGGUGGAGGAUUCGGAGUGUUAUGACGACGCUCUGCACUGGUUUCUGAAUCAGGUGCGCAGUAAAGAUCAGCACGCCAUGGGCAUGGAGACCUACAAACACCUCUUCCUCGAGAAGAUGCCGCAGUUGAAGCCUGAGACCAUCAGCAUGACGGGGUUAAAUCUCUUUCAGCAUCUCUGUAAUCUGGCCAGACUGGCCACCAGCGCCUACGACAGCAACUCCAACUGUGAGUUGUGUGGUAUGGAUCAGUUGUGGGGAAUUGCUCUCAGAGCUCAGUCUGCAGACAUCAGCCGAGCCGCCAUUCAGUACAUCAACUCCUACUAUAUUAACGGUAAGACGGGUCUGGAGAAGGAGCAGGAGUUUAUCAGUAAGUGUAUGGAGAGUUUAAUGAUGGCCUCGGCUAACCUGGAGAAAGACCCUCACUCCAGCCUCACCAUCAUCGAGAGGGGGCUGCUGAUGCUCAAAACACACCUGGAGGCCUUCAGACGCAGGUUUGCGUAUCACCUGCGUCAGUGGCAGAUUGAGGGGGCUGGAAUCAGCAGCCAUCUCAAAGCCCUCAGUGAUAAACAGUCCCUGCCUCUGCGCAUUGUGUGCCAGCCAGCCGGCCUGCCUGACAAGAUGACGAUAGAGAUGUACCCCAGUGAUCAGGUGGCUGAUCUGAGGGCUGAAGUCACUCACUGGUAUGAGAACCUGCAGAAAGAUCAGAUCAGUCAGCAGGCCCAGCUGCAGGAGUUCAACCAGAGCACCCGCCAGCAGGAGUUCCCAGGUGGUCUGAUGGGUCCGGUGCGGAUGAUCUCUUCAGGUCAUGAACUGACCACAGACUACGAUGAGAAGACUCUGCAUGAGCUCGGCUUUAAGGACAUGCAGAUGGUGUUUGUGUCUCUGGGAGCUCCUCGGAGAGAGAGGAAGGGGGAGGGGGUGCAGCUUCCUGCGUCGUGUCUCCCUCCUCCUCAGAAGGAGCACAUCCCCAUGCUGCUGCUCCUGCAGGAGCCUCACCUCACCACACUCUUCGACCUGCUGGAGAUGCUCGCCUGCUUCAAAGCCCCCGGCCCGGACCGCCCACAGCACAGCACACAGAACGUGCGCUGUGAGGACCUGCACCUGCACGCGGAGAACCUGUCUCGCCGUGUUUGGGAGCUGCUCAUGCUCCUGCCCACCUGUCCCAACAUGCUGCAGGCCUUUCAGAACAUCUCCGACGAGACGGGUUCUGAUGGGCUUUGCUGGAAGGAUCUGUUGAGGAUAAAGUCUCCUCAUAAGCUGCUGUACGCUCUGGAGAUCAUCGAAGCUCUCGGAAAACCCAACCGCCGAAUCCACAGAGAGUCCACGGGGAGUUACAGUGAUCUGUAUCCGGACUCUGAUGACUCCAGUGAGGAUCAGAUUGAGAACAGCAAGAACACAUGGAGCUGCAAGUUUGUGGCGUCUGGUGGUCUUCAGCUGCUGCUGGAAAUCUUUAAUUCGGCUAUUCUGGAACCCAAAGAGCACGAGUCCUGGACUGUGUGGUUGUUGGACUGUCUGGCGUGUCUGCUGAAGCUGAUUUGUCAGUUCGCGGUGGAUCCGGCGGAUCUGGAUCUGGCCUAUCACGACGUGUUCGCCUGGUCCGGCCUGACGGACACUCAGCGGAAGAGGGCGUGGCCUGGGAAGUCCCGCAAAGGAGCAGGAGAGCACGGGAAGGGGCUUCACAUCCCACGACUCACAGAGGUGUUUCUCAGUCUCGUCCAGGGCACCAACCUCAUCCAGAGGCUCAUCAAUGUGGCCUACACCUAUGAUAACCUGGCACACAGGGUGUUGAAAGCACAGUCUGAUCACCGCUCUCGCCAUGAAGUGACUCACUACUCCAUGUGGCUGUUGGUGAGCUGGGCUCAUUGCUGCUCCAUGGUGAAGUCCAGCCUGGCUGAUAGUGAUCAUCUUCACGACUGGCUGAAAAAGCUCACUCUGCUCAUACCGGAGACGGCGGUGCGUCAUGAGGCGUGUAACGGGCUGUAUAAGCUCUCUCUGUCUGGGCUGGAGGGAGGAGAGUCCAUUAACAGAUCAUUUCUGCUGCUGGCGGCUUCAACACUGCUCAAAUUCCUACCCGACGCACAGGCUCUCAAACCGCUCAGAGUGGAGGAUUAUGAGGAGGAGGCAGUAUUGCGCUCGGGCUGUAAGGAGUAUUUCUGGCUGUUGUGUAAACUCAUCGAUAACAUCCACGUUAAAGACGCCAGUCAGACCACGCUGCUGGACCUGGACGCCCUGGCCCGACACCUCGCAGACUGCAUACGCAGUCGUGAAAUCCUGGAUCAGCAGGACGGUGCUGUGGAAGACGACGGUCUGACGGGUCUCCUGCGUUUGGCCACCAGCGUUCUGAAGCACAAGCCUCCCUUCAAGUUCUGUCGAGAAGGUCAGGAGUUCCUGAGGGACAUCCACGACGUGCUGUUCCUGCUGCCCAGCCUGAAAGACCGGCAGCAGCCCAAGUGUAAGAGCCACGCGGCGCGGGCGGCGGCGUACGACCUGCUGGUGGAGAUGGUGAAGGGCUCGGUGGAGAACUACAGACUGUUACACAACUGGGUUAUGGCCCAGCACAUGCAGGCGUCUCACGCUCCGUAUAAGUGGGACUACUGGCCACACGAUGAUGUCAGAGCAGAGUGCCGCUUCGUGGGUUUGACCAAUCUGGGGGCGACCUGUUACCUGGCUUCAACCAUACAGCAGCUUUAUAUGAUCCCAGAGGCCAGACAGGCUGUGUUUACUGCAAAGUAUUUGGAGGAGAUCAAGCAUAAGACCACACUGCUGGAGCUGCAGAAGAUGUUCACCUAUCUUAUGGAGAGUGAGAGGAAGGCCUACAACCCUCGUCCUUUCUGUAAGACCUACACCAUGGACAAGCAGCCUCUCAACACCGGAGAGCAGAAGGACAUGACCGAGUUCUUCACCGACCUCAUCACCAAAAUAGAGGAGAUGUCUCCAGACCUGAAAAACACGGUGAAGACGCUGUUCGGAGGAGUCAUCACCAACAACGUGGUGUCACUGGACUGUGAUCAUGUGAGUCAGACGGCGGAGGAGUUCUACACUGUGAGGUGUCAGGUGGCGGACAUGAAGAACAUCUACGAGUCUCUGGAUGAAGUGACUAUUAAAGACACUCUGGAGGGAGACAACAUGUACACCUGCUCUCAGUGUGGGAAGAAAGUGCGAGCAGAGAAACGAGCGUGCUUUAAGAAGCUUCCGCGGAUCCUGAGCUUCAACACCAUGCGCUACACCUUCAACAUGGUGACGAUGAUGAAGGAGAAAGUCAACACGCACUUCUCCUUCCCUCUGCGCCUGGAUAUGACCCCCUACACCGAGGACUUCCUCAUGGCCAAGGGAGACAGGAAGGAGGGUUUUCUGGACAGUGGAGAGGGCAAAGCUCCGGAGAGUUAUGAGUACGAUCUGAUUGGUGUAACGGUGCACACGGGCACGGCGGACGGCGGCCAUUACUACAGCUUCAUCAGAGACAUCGUCAACCCCCACGCGUACCGCAACAACAAGUGGUAUCUGUUUAACGACGCGGAGGUGAAGCCGUUUGAUUCAGCUCAGCUGGCGUCUGAGUGUUUUGGAGGAGAAAUGACGACGAAGACCUAUGACUCGGUCACGGACAAGUUCAUGGACUUCUCCUUUGAAAAGACCCACAGUGCCUACAUGUUGUUCUAUAAGAGGGUGGAGCCGGAGGAGGAGAAUGGGAAGGAUUUUAGUUCUGAUGUUUCUCCUGAUCUGCUGGAGUGGAUCUGGCAUGAUAACAUGCAGUUUCUCCAGGAUAAGAACAUUUUUGAGCACACGUACUUCGGUUUUAUGUGGCAGCUGUGCAGCAGCAUCCCCAGCACUUUACCCGACCCCAAAGCCAUCUCACUCAUGACUGCCAAGCUUAGCACAUCAUUCGUCCUGGAGACCUUCAUUCACUCCAAAGAAAAGCCUACGAUGCUCCAGUGGAUUGAACUUCUCACCAAACAGUUUAACAACAGCCAAGCAGCGUGUGAGUGGUUUCUAGAUCGGAUGGCUGAUGAUAACUGGUGGCCGAUGCAGAUUUUAAUAAAGUGUCCGAACCAGAUCGUCCGACAGAUGUUCCAGAGGUUGUGUAUCCAUGUGAUUCAGAGGCUGAGGCCGGUUCACGCUCACCUGUACCUGCAGCCGGGAAUGGAGGAUGGCUCUGAUGAUAUGGACGCUCCGGUGGAGGAUAUCGGCAGCCGCUCCUGUGUGACGCGCUUCGUUAAAACGCUGCUGUCCAUCAUGGAGCACGGCGUGAAGCCGCACAGCAAACACCUGACCGAGUACUUCGCCUUCCUCUACGAGUUCGCCAAGAUGGGCGAGGAGGAGAGUCAGUUUCUGCUGUCACUGCAGGCCAUCUCCAUCAUGGUCCAUUUCUACAUGGGCACCAAGGGUCCAGAGAAUACUCAGGUGGAGGUUCUGUCGGAGGAGGAGGGAGAGGAGGAGGAUGAAGAGGAGGAUAUUCUGUCUCUGGCGGAGGAGAAGUACCGGCCGGCGGCUCUGGAGAAGAUGAUCGCCCUCAUCGCCCUGCUGGUGGAACAGAGUCGCUCUGAAAGGCAUCUGACUCUCUCUCAGAGUGACAUGGCCGCUCUGACCGGUGGGAAAGGAUUCCCCUUCCUGUUUCAGCACAUCAGAGAUGGGAUCAAUAUCAGACAGACCUGCAACCUCAUCUUCAGCCUCUGCAGAUACAACAACAGACUGGCUGAGCAUAUCGUCUCCAUGCUCUUCACAUCUAUAGCCAAGCUCACACCCGAGGCGGCGAAUCCGUUCUUUAAGCUGUUGACCAUGCUGAUGGAGUUCGCUGCAGGUCCUCCUGGAAUGCCCUCGUUCGCCUCUUACAUACUUCAGAGAAUCUGGGAGGUGAUAGAGUAUAACCCGUCUCAGUGUUUGGAUUGGUUGGCUGUUCAGACUCCCCGUAAUAAACUGGCUCACAGCUGGGUUCUGCAGAACAUGGAGAACUGGGUGGAGCGAUUCCUACUGGCACACAAUUACCCCCGCGUACGCACCUCGGCGGCGUACCUCCUGGUCUCCCUGAUUCCCAGUAACUCGUUUCGGCAGAUGUUUCGCUCCACUCGUUCUCUGCACAUCCCCACGCGGGACCUCCCCCUCAGUCCUGACACCACCGUCGUCCUGCACCAGGUUUAUAACCUGCUGCUGGGUCUGCUGGGCCGGGCUAAGCUCUACGUGGACGUUGCGGUUCACGGCACCACCAAACUGGUCCAGUACUUCAGCUUCAUGACCUACUGUCUGAUCUCCAAGACUGAGAAGCUGAUGUUCUCCGGAUACUUCAUGGACCUGUGGAACCUCUUUCAGCCCAAACUCUCCGAGCCGGCGAUCGCCACCAAUCACAACAAGCAGGCCCUGCUGUCCUUCUGGUAUAACGUGUGCGUGGACUGCAGCGAGAACGUGCGCCUGAUCGUACAGAAUCCAGUGGUGACCAAAAACAUUGCCUUCAACUACAUCCUGGCUGACCACGACGACCAGGAGGUGGUGCUGUUUAACCGCGGGAUGCUGCCGGCCUAUUACGGCAUCCUGCGCAUGUGCUGCGAGCAGUCGGCUGCGUUCACCCGCCAGCUGGCCUCGCACCAGAACAUCCAGUGGGCCUUUAAAAACCUCACACCACACGCCAGCCAGUACCCCGGGGCGGUGGAGGAGUUAUUUAACCUGAUGCAGCUGUUCGUGGCUCAGAGGCCGGAUAUGAGGGAGGAGGAGCUGGAGGAUAUUAAACAGUUUAAAAAGACUACAAUCAGCUGCUACCUGCGCUGCCUGGACGGCCGGUCCUGCUGGACUACUCUUAUCAGUGCCUUCCGCGUGUUACUGGAGAACGAUGAGGACAGGCUGCUGGUGGUCUUUAACAGGGGGCUGAUCCUGAUGACUGAGUCCUUUAAUACUCUACAUAUGAUGUACCAUGAGGCCACAGCGUGUCAUGUGACCGGUGACCUGGUGGAGCUGCUGUCCAUUUUCCUCUCUGUCUUAAAGGCAACUAGACCUUACCUGCAGCGCAAAGAUGUAAAGCAGGCUCUAAUCCAGUGGCAGGAGAGGAUCGAUUUUGCACAUAAACUGCUGACACUCCUCAAUUCCUACAGUCCUCCAGAGCUACGCAACGCCUGCUUAGAUGUGUUGAAGGAACUGGUGCUGCUGAGUCCACACGACUUCCUGCACACACUCGUGCCGUUCUUGCAGCACAACCACUGCACAUAUCAUCAUAGCAACAUCCCCAUGUCGUUCGGUCCAUAUCUUCCCUGUAGAGAGAACAUCAAGCUGAUGGGAGGAAAGAACAAUAUUCGGCCGCCCCGACCUGAACUCAACAUGUGCCUCCUGCCUUCCAUGGUGGAAACCAGCAAGGGUAAAGAUGAGGUGUAUGACCGGAUGCUGAUGGACUACUUCCUGUCCUAUCAUCAGUUCAUCCACCUGCUGUGUAGAGUGGCCAUCAACUGUGAGAAGUUUACAGAGACCCUGGUCAAACUCAGUGUGCUGAUGGCGUAUGAAGGUCUGCCGCUGCACCUCGCUCUGUUUCCUAAGCUGUGGACGGAGCUGAGUCAGUCUCAGUCGUCUCUGGCAAAGACGUGUGUGAAGCUGCUAUGUGAGGAUCCUGCGUUUGGAGAGUAUAUUAAGUGCAUUCUGAUGGACGAGAGAACGUUCCUCAACAAUAACGUAGCCUAUUCAUUCCUCACCUGCUUCUUACAUAAGGUGCAGCCGCAGGUGCUGUCGGGGCCGAGCUGUGCGAACCUGAUCAGCGUUCUGGUCACUAACCUGCUGAACGAGUACCACUCCCUCCAGCCUGAACCGGCCAAUCAGAGCGCAGAGAUCAGCAAGACCAGCAGCUUACUCAACGCAGAUUUGCGAGCUCUGGUGCUGAUGUUGACGAUACACACUCCUCAGCAGCUGGACCCGGCGCUCGGCCCCGCCCUGCAGGAGCUGCUGAGUAAAUGCAGAGCCUGCUUACAGCAUCGCUCCACACACACACUCGACCCCAAAACCAAAGCUGAAGAGGAGGGCGCCACUCCAGUGAAGCGGCGGCGCGUCAGCAGCGACGAGGACCGGCCAGGAGAGGGCAGAAGCAGCGGCGGCGGCUCUCUUCUAGGAGGCGGGGUCUGCUCCACCUCUGCUUCCUCCUCAUUGGUGGCCUGCCCGGAGCAGAAGGCGGAGCCUGCGGAGGCCUUAACGCCGAACAGCACGUCGGAUACGGAAACGCGGGACUCUUCGCUGAUCGAUCCGGGAACAGAGCAGGACCCGCCCUCUCCGGACAGCGGCUCUCCCAAAGAGGAGAAGAUGGAGGCGUCGUCCUCCUCGUCUUCCUCUUCCUCCUCCUCCUCUUCCUCACUGCCUGAGGUCUUCGGGCGCUCGGACGACGCCUCGCUGCAGCAGCCCGCGCCGGGUCUGUCGGGGGGCGGGGACGAAGAGGAGGGAGGUGAAGGAGAGGAGGAGGAGGAGCGUAAAGAAACGAGGGAGAAGAAGAAGGAGGAGUGCGAACGCGAGCGAGAGAAGAGCUCUAAACCCUGCUCCUUGUCCUCCUCUUCCUCCGCGGACGAUCCUGCCGCCGUGCUCCUCCUCUCCACCCUGCAGGACGCCGGAGAGGGGCGGAGCUGCAGCCUGCAGGAGGCGGAGGCUGGCAUGUUUGGCCACGCCCCCUCGCAGGGAGCGCCGAGUUCUGGGCCGCAGCAGCAGCCGGACAUUCUGGACAUGCUGUACCGCACCGCCGAGGCCGCGGUCGCCGUCGUCACCAAACUCUCCACCGGGAAGGGAGGCUCGCGGUCCUCGUGACAUCACUUCGUUGUCUUUGUUUCUUUCUUUUAUUCACUUUUUCUUUGUCUUUUUUUUUGUUUUUCGGUUGUUUUUUCUCGCCCAUGAUCUGUUAUGUCUGGACAACGGCGUCGUCCGGCGCAGUUUGCUGAUUUCCCCUCUGAAAACAAUACAUGCCAAUGGUGCUAAAAGUGAAAAGCUAGUAGCCACCAGACGUAGAGCAGAAAGUCACUUUCUUAAACGACCUGAUCUCUGCUUACUUGGAUCACAGUCUUUCCAUUAGACAAGCAACAGCUGGACAAGCUUUACAGAAUUUUGGCAAAAAUGCAAGAUUCAGUGCGUUAAGAGUUCUGGGUGAAUUAAAUUUGCUUUAAAAUACGCAAUGAAUUUGACACAGUGCUAAAUUGUGCUAAAACACCAACAGUGGGAUGUCCCAACAUUGUCCCCCCAAAGGUGUCGUCCCAAAUGUCCAAAGUGUGACGUACUAAAAGCUUCAUAGCCCAGUGGUGUCUCCCUAGAGACGUAAAGCCCUAGAGACGUGACGUUUUAAGAUUGACAUCCCAAGAUGUGAUGUUCCCACUAUGUGAAGUACCAUUGUCUUGAAAUUUCAAAAGAUUAGCAGUGAUUAGUCUGUCCAAAAUGGCUUGAUGCCCUAAAAGUACUUAUCCCAACAGGGUGACAUUUUAAAGGAGUGGCAUCCGAACCACAUGAUGUCCUGAAAGCAAGAUUUCCGAAUGGCAAGAUCCUAAAAGUGUGACUAAAAGUCCUAAAGCUUCACAUCGCUUUAUGUUCCUGAAAUACCAACAGCUCAACAUCCUAGAAACAUAAUGUCCCAAAAGCAUCAUGUCCCAACAUUAUCAUGUCAUAAAAGUUUUAUGUCUCUGAAAGCCUGACGUCCCAGAAGUUUUGCGUCCCAUCAGCAUGAUGUCCUAAAAGCUUAAUGUCCCAGCGGCACAAUCUUUUAAAAACUGACAUCCCAACAGAGCUGUGAUUACGUAAAAGCUUAAUGUCUCUACAGUGUAAUGUGGUAAAAGCUUAACCUCCCCACAGUGUGAUGACGUAAAGGCUUAAGGUCCCAACAGUGUGAUGUCAUAAAAGCUUAAUGUUCCCAGUGAAAUGUCGUAGAAGCUUAAGGUCCAAACACUUAAGGUCGCUUAACGUCUACACAGUUUAAAAGCUUAACCACAGUGUGGCAAUGUAAGAAAAGCCUAACGUCCCCACAGUGUGAUGUUGUAAAAGCUUAAGGUCCCCACAGUGUGAUGUAAAAGCCUAACGUCCCCACAGUGUGGCAAUGUCAGAAAAGCUUAAUGUCCCCACAGUGUGAUGAUGUAAAUGCUUAAGGUUCCCACAAAGCUUCAUCUCCCAGCAGCAUAAUGUUUAUUAAGAGUAACAAAAUUUAACGUCCACAUUUUGGGCUUUUGCCAGUGUUCUGUAAAGCAUGUCCAGUAGAGCAGCGUAAGUUAGGAAACAUCGUUUUUGCAGGCUAACAGUAUUUGGUGGCUAUUCUCUUCCCUUCAUUAUUAGCUAUAUUAGCAUUAUUGACUGACGCGUUUGGGGGUCCCCGUCUGUUCGUCUCGCUUUCUGUCUGUCUGUUCAUGUGUCUGUCUGUCCGGACUCUUCUCUGGUCUCGGCUUGGCGUCGGUGUUCGUGUGGCGCAGUAUUACAGCGGCUGAGGAGCUGUGGAUCCUGAACUUUAGCCUGUUAGCGUUAGCCCGUUAGCGCCAACAGCCGACUGCUGUUUUAUCCGCCACGUUCCAGCCGAACAGAAAAGGAGAAAACUUAUCAAGAAGAAGUAAAGAUGUAAAGAAAAAGAGGAGAAUAGCAGCUAUAGCACAUUUAUCAAAGGGCAAAAAAACAGUUUUUUCUUUCAUUUCCGUGUUUUUUUUUGUUUGUUUUGAAGUGGUUUAUUUGUUAAGAGGUUGCUGUUUGGAGACGGGAAAAGGUUUACAGAGUUUUAGUCCCUUUCUGUUCCUAAUUUAAUUUGCAUUUUUAAUCACUAUGUAUAAUUGUCUUCUGUGCCAGUUUUGUACUUAUUACUGAGGCGAGGCGGAAGUUUGCCUUGCUGAGUUUUUGUUUUUUUCUUCUGUGGUUGAUAUCAGAGCUACGUUUACUUGUACAUUGAACAGGAAAAAAGAAAAAUAGAACCACGACAAAAACUUGAUUCUGUAAAGAAUCUUCUAGUUGUUGCCUGGCAUUGUAAAUGAGAAGAUUAAGAAAAAACAUAUAUGUAAGAUAUAUGUAUACAGUAUAUAUCCUAUGGUAAGCGUCGUAUAUACUGUAUAUAUAUACAUAUAUAUAAAUAAAUACUGUGUAUAUACAUAUGCUGUAUAUGUAUAUAGACUUAAUGGUGCUUUAUCAGACACAAAAGUAUGUGUUGCUUGAAUAAAGCACACCUGAUGUAACUGUUGGAGCUAUAUUUUAUUUACCAAGAAACAUUCCAUAAUCUAUCUAAUGUCAUUCUUGCAUUUUCUGUUUUCUUGUUUUUGUUUUUUUUCCUCUUGAUUUAUUUUAAUAUAGGAUAACUUAAUAAAAUUUUAAUAUGAUUUAAUUAUGAACCAAGUCAAACAGCA